AUGGUGCCACUAGCAUAUUAUGAUCAACACUUUGUGUCUUUAGAACAUUCUUACCAACUGGCCACAAACAACUCAUUAACACAUCAAUACACAGGUGAACAUCUAAAUCAACUCAAUAAUCAUUCUGUGGUCAGAAUACAAUAUGAUAGUAAUUACCUUGCAGCAACUCCACUAAAUUCUAAUCAGAAGGUGCAGAGAUCUUCUGACAAGUCUCAAGACACAAUUUUGCAGGGCUGCUAUAACCGGGUUUUGAAAUCACCAAGAUCCCAGUCCAAACAUCAGGCUCCACCCUCUCUAGACCUCCAGCAGAGAACUUCAUUGCAGUCUAAUUGGAGAGAUCUAAGCUCAUCUUUUUCCCUCGCCAAACCACAGACAUCUUCACUGGACCUCAGCAAAAUAUCACCAUCACUGGAGCCCAAUCAAACAACCUUGAGCUCACAGUUAUUCCUCCUCAAACCUCAAAAUGCAAAUUCCUUAGACCUUUGCUGGACAUCACCACCACUGAAGUCUAAUCAGAAAACCUCAAGUUCAUCAUUAUUGUCUUUCAAUCAUCAAGAAACACCUUCUCAAGACAUUCUCUGGACAUCAACUUUGAGAUCCAAUCAAAGAUCUCCUAGCUCAACAUCAUCCCAGUCCAAGCUUCAGAAAUUACCUUCAUUUCAUAGCCUUUGGACAUCUUUAUUAAAGAACAAUCAAAGAUCUUUGAGCUCACCAUCACUCACCUCUACACCUCAAACAAAUGACUUGCUUCAGUUAUCACCUUUAUUACAGUCUAAUCAAAUGGCUUUUAGCUCACCUUUACCCAACUCAAAACCUCAGACACCACCUGUAUUAAGCGCUAAUCCUGGUGUUCUGAGCUUACCAUUAUCAAACUCAAAACCAGGGAAACCGUCUUUACCGUAUUCUGUUCACCAUACUCAGAAUUUCUCAUUGUUUCAACCCAAAUCCCAAAGAGAGCUUACACCGGAUCAUGCCUUUAGGACCCUGGGCUCACCAGUUUGUGACUCCAAGUUUCAAAACACCACUUCAACAAGUGACAAACACAAAGUCACAGAAGUGUCUUCACCCCAUUUCAAACCAAAUAUCUCAGGUCAACCAUUAUCAAGCUCCAAAUACUGCAUCAGGAAAAUAGCUGCUACAAAAUGGGACUCCAGAUUCCAGAGCAAAAAUUUCUUUGAUCUUUAUGCAAAGACCUAUUCAAAUAAAGAAACUCCAUGGACUUUAAAUUAUAUGUAUCCUUGCAUUGUUAAAGGUGGGACUAUCCCUGAUGAUGUAGUAAAUAAAAUUAUCAAUUCUCUCUCCAGGACCAGAAUCCAAAGGGAUCUCUGUAGGCAAAUUCUCUUUCGAAGGAUGAGGGGAAGGCCAAAUCCUCAUCCUGGUCCUCGCCUUUCAUCAAGUUACAUGGUUUGUUUAGCUUGUGCUUCCUGCAUAAAAACUCACUGCAGUCAUCUUACAGGAAAAAAAGAUCCUCGUUGUGCAAUACUAUCUGUCAUACCAACACCUGAGCCCAGUUCUGAGGGGAAAAUAGAGGUGAAAUUAGUUUUUAUUCUUUCUUUACCAGAGACUCCUUUCUUAUCUUGUUUCCCAUUCCUUGUGAAAAAAAAUCAACCUAAUGAAGCCCUUGAAGACAACCUUGAAGGAAUGGAGAAGACAUCACAGUUUUUUCCUACUGAACCGGAUAACACCCAUGGGCUUAAUAAGAAGAAAAAAUGUCUGAGAGUAGCCCCUGAAAACAAAGUUGUAAGCCAACAGCCCCAAGCUAUUGACUGGCUGCUUUAUAUUAAGAAAAGUAAUUCUCAGCCACAGACUGGGCUCCGAUCUUCUCCCUCUUCCAUAUCUUUGUCCUCAUCAUCUUCUUCCUCUUCUUCCUCUUUCAUUGCACACUCCUCACCCUUUCCUUACAAAGAGUCUGCCACACCUACCCUGUCAGGUAGUGUGUUCACUAAGUUAGUUAGUUAUCACCGGUUGCCUCCAGGGAUCUCCUGGCUUGAGUUUAUAUGUAGUGAAAAUUACCAGCUACUUUCUGGAAAAACACAUCAAAGUCAUUCACCACUUCCCCAAACAAAUUCUAUGAGGAAUAGUACCAUAGUGAAAGGGCCAAAAGGGUCAAAAAUAGUUCAAAAAUUUCCAGAAAAAGUAAAUGAGAGAAAUCUUGAUUAA